CGUGUCCGUGCCCGCUCUCGUACACGAGCUCAAGACAACCGAGCGUGGUUCGUCCGCCUCGGCGAUGACGACGCCGCCUCUACCAAAACCAGUAAGCACCGACGGAUUGCAUUCUCGAAAGCAAGUCGACGGUGGAUCGUCAUUGAUCCGCGAAGCACUUGUUAGGGAAGUAAUUUUCUCGACUGCUUUCGCUCGUUUCCCCCCCUAAAAAGCUUCCGCCUCCACAAAACCCUCGUCUCGUCACCGGGGUUGCGAUAGAGGGUUCUCUUUGGUUGUCUCCUCGGGAAAAAUGUUUCGAUUUUCGAAACGAUUUCGUCUUGAUAAGCUUUUUAAGAAUGGAGCAAUCCGUAAGAGUGGCCUCACGGCCCUCACCUUGCAUGAUGGGACAUCAGGCCAUGGUGUUGCAUCUCGAUAUCUAUCUCAUGAACCUCUCUCCUAUAGCGAAGACAGCUACACAAAGUGCAUCCCUCCUCUUUUUCACCCCUUACCUGGGCUCAACCUUCCUAUCUGCCUCCCGGAUUCUGCUGAACAAAAUGCUACUAAGGUUACGACUCUUCCAAAUGGUCUAAGGGUUGCCUCUGAGGAUGCUCUGGGGCCUGCUGCUUGUGUAGGGAUAUAUGUUGAUUCUGGUUCUAUAUACGAGACUGAGGAAUCCAUUGGUGUUACACAUCUUUUAGAAAGACUGGCUUUCAAGAGCACGAAGCACCGUAGUCAUUUACAAAUUGUUCAUGAAGUUGAGUCAACUGGAGGCAAUGUAGGGGCAUCAGCAUCACGUGAACAGAUGGGAUACAGUUACGACACGCUAAAAGCCUACCUGCCUGCGGCAGUUGAGUUACUAAUUGACUGUGUUAGGAACCCGGUAUUUCUUGAGAGUGAGGUUCAAGAGCAGGUAAAUAGAAUCAAAUGGGAAAUUGGAGAUAUCACGAAAGAUCCUCAACAAUUUCUCUUGGACUCACUUCAUCUUGCUGGUUUCUCUGGUGCUUUAGGGAAACCAUUGAUGGCCCCUGAGUCUGCUUUAGAAAGAAUUAAUGGGUCUAAGAUUGGGAAGUUCUAUCAAGAAAACUAUACUGCUGAUCGCAUGGUUUUGGCCGCAUUUGGAGUGGAUCAUGAACACUUGUUAGCUAUUGCGGAACCUCUGUUGUAUGACUUAGAGAGAGGGAUUGCUAUGGAGGUGCCAAAGUCUACUUAUACUGGUGGUGAUUUGAGGCAUAAAAUAUAUUCAGAGAAAACCCAUGUUGCAUUAGCUUUUGAAGUUCCAGGGGGCUGGCGGCAUGAGAAAGAUGCAACAGCCCUGACUGUUCUUCAGACUUUAAUGGGUGGUGGAGGUUCGUUUUCUGCUGGAGGUCCUGGGAAAGGGAUGCAUUCUCGGCUUUAUCUUCGGGUGCUAAAUAAAUACCAAGAAGUGCAGUCCUUUUUGGCUUUUAGCAGCAUAUGUAAUGACACUGGCUUAUUUGGCAUCCACUCGAUUACAGGAUCUGAUUUUGUGUCCAAGGCAGUUGAUGUUGCAGUUAAUGAGUUGCAUGCAAUUGCUACCCCAGGCCAGGUGACUGAGCUUGAACUUCACCGAGCCAAAAAUGCAACAAGAUUAGCUAUAUUGUUGAAUCUGGAAUCCAGGGCAAUCGCAGUCGAGGAUAUUGGGAGGCAAAUACUGACAUAUGGAUGCCGGAAACCUGUGGAUUAUUUUCUACGAUGCUUGGAUGAGUUGACUCUUGAUGAUCUCACCAUCUUGGCACAAAAGAUGUUGUCGUCACCUCUUACGAUGGCAUCAUGGGGCGAUGUCGAUCGUGUUCCAAGUUAUGCUUCUGUUGCCCAGCGAUUUCAGGCAUCCAUCUAAUUCCAAGUCAUCUCUGCUCCGAGAUAUUUAACGGAAAUUGAUUUGGCCGAUUUUGCAUAUUUUCCAAAUGAGAAGACGACGAUGAUCUCUUUCUA